CAGCGGGGCGAAGUACAGACGAACAGUCAUGCGAGGUAUAUAUAAGUGGCGAGUGCCAUCAGCGGGGGUUGGUCACUUGUCCUCCGUUCAGAGUAACAGUAACACACCACCAUGAUGCCACCGCUGCUGCUGGCACUCCUGAGCUUGGCUCGGCUCACAGCCGCCGCCGACCCGGUGAAGGUGUCGGUGUAUUACGAGACGCUGUGUCCCGACAGUGAAAAGUUCGUCAUCACGCAGCUGUACCCGGUGUACCAGGAGCUUAAGGACAUCAUGCUUCUCGAUGUCAACGCCUAUGGGAAAGCGGAGGACUAUGCCAUCGGAGAUUCCUACAUCUUCGUAUGCCAGCACGGCCCCGAUGAGUGCGAGGGCAACAUGAUGAUCGCUUGCGCCAAGAAGCUGAUCCAGAGCGAAGACUUGUUCAUGGCCUUCACUAACUGCGUCAUGACGGUGUUCACGGCCGCCGCUGCUGGCCCGCAGUGCGCCGAGAAGCACGGGAUUGACUUCGCCCCGAUCCAGCGGUGCUACGCGUCAUCAGAGGGGCGCCGCCUGCUUCACGAGGUGGGCGUCAAGCAGAGAACCGCCGCCCCAGACCUCCACUACGUACCCUGGAUCAUGAUCAAUGACGCCUACACCGACAACCAACAGACAGAGGCGGAGAAGGACCUCAAGAAAGUGGUGUGCGAUGCUUACAAGGGGGAGAAGCCUGCUGCGUGUGGCGGGGGAAGGGGUAUAUACAGCUGGCGCCCCUAUGGCUCCCAUGGCUUUUGGAAUUGGUUCACUAGGUACUAUAAUAACUAGUGCUACAUCACACCCACCCGGAGAGCCUCACUUCCCAUCACUGCCGCCGCCAAGGAACCCCGAGACCACUUGACGAUGGCCAACAUAAAGAAGUGAUGGGAAGUGUUACAGGAUGUUGCUGGUGAUAAGGAUGUUGAUAAUAAUAAUGAGAGAAUGAUAAUGAGAACGUGUUGUUGGAUGCUGAUGAUGAUAAUGAUAAUGGAAGAGUUGUAGAAUGAUGAUGAUAAAGAUACUGAUAAUGGUAAUGAUUCACAAUGGUAAAUGAUGAAUAUAUAAUACUCUGCCUCUCG